AUGUCGCACGUAAUUGCGCCUCUCAGUAUCAACGAAUCAGGAAAUGAAAUGACCACUUUUGAUGAUGACGGCGUGGACGAUGAAUAUUUGGCAUCAUUAGAUUUAGAUAUUUUGUGUUGUAAUGAAAAGACACUUAAACAUGCCGAGCCAGAGCAAGUUACGUUGACUAAUGUCGAUGUUUUAUGUCAAAAUACAGAUGAUAAUGAAACUGUAAAAACUCAUGAUUUUGGAUUUCCAUAUGAGGCCUAUUCAAUUCAAAAUGAUUUUAUGAAUGGUUUAUAUUAUGUAAUUAAAAAUAGAAAACAUGGAAUAUUUGAAUCACCAACGGGAACAGUAAUAUGUGGGGCUUUACGAUGGUUAUUUGAUGAAAUUCAAUCAUGGAAAGAUGAAUUAAAUGAAUUGAACCAAAAAAAUGAAAAUGAUACUUCGACUACAAGUAGUGACGAUUGGUUACAACGUAUUAUGAAACGAAAAGAUGAAGAAGAUGCAAAAGAAAAACGACGAGAACAAUUACAAACAUGGAUUGAUCUUGAAAAUAAUUAUGGUCAUACUAAAAAUAGUUUAGCUGCAAGCAUAAAAAAAACAGCACGAGAUUUUGAUAAAGAAUAUCGACGUUUAUUUAAUUGUGAAAUAUCAAAAAGCGAUCUUGAUUCGCAACCUAUCGUUAGUCUUAAUAAAGUUAAGGAUGACAACGAUGAUGAUGUUAGUGAUGAGGAACUCAUUGUCAAAGAUCCAAUCAUUGAUGAUUAUUUGGAUUCUUCAACGACAUCGGAACAAGUUAAAGAAAAGAAAAAUCAUGUUCUAAAAAUUUUUUAUUGUACUCGAACACAUUCUCAAAUAAGUCAGUUUAUACAAGAAAUACAAAAAACUCAAUAUUGUGAUAAACUACGUAUUGUAGCCUUAGGUUCGAGGCAGAAUUUAUGUAUCAAUGAAUCUGUAUUAAAACUUAAAUCUGUUAGUUUAAUUAAUGAAAGAUGUUUAGAAUUACAAAAGAAGAAAAAAGAAAAAAAGACAACGCGUGGCAAACGUCAAAAAACGGCGUGUGGCUGUUCAUACUUACAGCAUGAUCGGGUAGAAUGUUUGACAAAUGAUAUUCUUGGUGAUGUUCAAGAUAUCGAAGAUGUAGUGAAAGUUGGUCGUGAAAUGGAGGCGUGUCCAUAUUAUGCUAGUCGUUCAGCCAUAGCUGGUGCUCAUCUUGUUCUUUUACCUUAUCAAACAUUACUACAUAAAUCAACACGAGAUGCUUGUGGAAUAAAACUUCAAGAUAAUAUCGUUAUUAUCGAUGAGGCACAUAAUUUACCUGAUGCUGUUUGUACAAUGCAUUCAACGGAAAUAACUGGUACACAGCUUAUUGAAUCUUAUGGUCAAUUAACACGUUAUUAUGAAAAAUAUAAAAAUCGUUUAACAGCAAAAAAUUUACUCUCAAUAAAACAGUUGCUCGAUGUUCAGUUAAAACUAAUCAAAACAUUAACGUCUCAGGAAAAUUUACCACCGUUUGAUAGUGAAAAAUGGGCCAAUAUUCCUGUAUCAUCUCAAAAUGAAACAUGUGUAUCCGAUGUAAUUCGUUAUUUGUCAGAUGCAGAUAUUUAUGUUAAUCUGUUUGAGUUACUCAGCUAUAUACAAACAAGUGAAAUAACAAAAAAACUAUAUGGUUUUAUAACAAAAUAUCAGUUCAAAAGUACAUCAAACGAUGAGAAAAAGCCGAACGAGAGUGCAUUACAAAAAUUGUUACAAAAACAAGUUCCUCUGAAUAACAAACCUUCCAUUGAACAACAGCCAGAAACAACUAUAGAUCAAAAAAUAUCAAAUACAUUUGCUUUGUUUGUACCGUUUCUCGAAGCAUUGACAAAUCCAAGAGAAAAUGGAAAAGUUAUUUUGACUAAAAAACGUACGAAAACAGUUGGGCUUUGUACAAUCAAGUUUUAUGCAUUAAAACCGUCAUCAUACUUCAAAGAAAUUGUCAAUGAAACACGAUGUGUGAUUGUGGCAGGUGGUACAAUGAAACCAGUGUCCGAAUUUGUUGAUCAUCUGUUUAUUGCAUGUGGCCAGUCAAAAGAAAGAAUUUAUCAACUUUCUUGUGGUCAUAUUGUUCCCGAAACGAAUGUUUUGGCGAUUGGAUUACCGUGCGGACCCAACAAUGUUGAAUUUGAAUUUACUGCUGCCAAUCGAUCGAAUAUUUCAAUGAUGGAUGAGUUGGGACGAUUAUUGAUUUCUUUAACGUCAACUAUUCCGCACGGCAUCGUUAUCUUCUUUUGUUCUUAUGAUCAUUUACAAAAAGCGUAUACACAUUUUGAAAAAACAUUUGUAUUGAAUAAAAUACUACCUAAAAAAAAGAUAUUUAUGGAACCCAAACGUUCAGGUGAUGUUGAAACAGUUCUUACAAAUUAUACAAAAGCUAUUAAAAAUAAAGAUGGAUCGGGUGCGCUACUCUUUUCCGUAGUUGGUGGAAAAAUGAGUGAAGGAAUCAACUUUUCGAAUGAACUUGCACGAUGUGUUUGUGUUAUCGGUUUACCUUAUGCAAAUAUUGGCUCGUCAGAACUUAUUGAAAAAAUGAAAUAUUUAGAUUUGACACAGGAAAAAUCUUCAUCAUGUGAAAGUGGUGGUCGAGCAUAUUAUGAAAAUACAUGUUGGAAAGCUGUCAAUCAAUCUAUCGGUCGAGCAAUUCGCCAUAAAAAUGAUUAUGCAUGUUUGCUAUUAGUUGAUAAACGUUAUAGUAAACAAAAUGUUCUAACCAAAUUACCCCACUGGCUUGAAAAAAGUUUUAUGCGUGUGAAGAAUUUUAGUGAAGCAUCAUCCUCUCUAAAUAAGUUUUUCUCUCAACCUCGUGGUGUUUGA